AUGAAUGAUUCGACUGAGGGGAUCCAAGGACCCGUGUCGAUUCCCCUCGCGACCCAGGAGGGCUCCUCGCACCCACAGCCCCAGAUAAUCUACAUCAACACGAGACCCAACCCCGCCAACCUUACGUCCUCUGUCUCGUCAGCCGCGUCCUCAUCAAACCCCUCUACCCCAUCUACGCCUACAGCACCGACGCCUGAAAAAAAGGACGAGGGCUUUAUUCAAACCAUCCUAGACUCCAACCCUUACUUCUCCGCAGGAUUCGGUCUCAUGGCCGUUGGUGCAGGACUGACCAUUCUGCGCAAGGGAACCGUAACAGGAGCAUCCGUCCUUCGUCGUCAAUUGCUUGUCACACUCGAGAUCCCAAGCAAGGAUAAGUCCUAUCUCUGGUUUCUCCACUGGAUGUCGUCCCAGUCCAGAGGCGCUGGAUCGAUAUCAGGAGCAGCAGCAACAACAGCAGGGGGAUCAGAGGCAUCAUCUAGGACAGUAGCACCAAAGCGCCUGGGACUUUUCACAAGGUGGACAGACCGUCUGGCUGACAGGAUCAAUAAGCGAUCUCAGUUCUUGGCGGUCCAGACAGAGUUUAAGCAGCAUGACAAUGGAUCUGUAUCAACACGGUUCAAUCUCGUCCCCGGUAACGGCAAGCAUCUGAUUCGGUACCGCGGCGCAUGGAUCCAGGUUGAGAGAACGCGUGAUGCCAAGAUGAUGGAUCUGUCAACAGGCGCACCUUGGGAGACAGUGACACUGACGACUCUGUCACGCGAUCGAGCUGUGUUUACAGUGCUUCUGCAGGAGGCUCAGAGGAUGGCGCUGAUGAAUCAGGAGGGCAAGACGGUGAUCUAUACCAGCUGGGGACCAGAGUGGAGGCCAUUUGGGCAACCGAGAAAGAGGAGACUGUUGGAGAGUGUGAUUCUGGAUGAGGGGAUUGCAGAGAGGGUGGUGAGGGACGUCAAGGAAUUCGUAAAGAAUGAGAAGUGGUAUGGGGAUCGAGGAAUCCCAUAUCGUCGUGGAUAUUUGCUGUAUGGACCACCCGGGAGCGGCAAGACGAGUUUCAUUCAGGCAUUGGCAGGAGAACUGGAGUACAACAUCUGCAUCCUUAACCUGAGCGAGCGCGGGCUAACGAAUGACCGACUGAACCAUCUGCUGACAAACCUGCCCGAGAGAAGUAUCAUGCUGCUCGAGGAUAUCGACGCUGCUUUUGCAAAGCGCGACACGACACAAGAAGGAUUUCAUUCGAUGGUUACGUUCAGUGGCCUUCUUAAUGCAUUAGACGGUGUUGCAUCAGCAGAGGGCAGGAUCAUUUUUAUGACGACCAACCACAUUGAGGUCCUUGACCCGGCCUUAAUCCGCCCUGGACGUGUUGAUCUGAGAGAAUAUGUAGGGGACGCGACCCCUGAUCAGAUCCGGAGGAUGUUCAAGCGCUUUUACGAGGGUCAGGAUGAAUUGGCGGAGAAAUUCGUAGCAUCAUUGGCGGGCAACAAGGUCAGCACGGCGGCCUUGCAGGGUCAUUUUGUGCACUUCAAGGACCGGCCUGAGAAUGCAUGUGCGAGCAUCGAGUAUCUGUUCGUCAAGGACCGAGUCGAUUGA